GUCAAGCAGCUGACCCCCCGUCUGACUCUGGCCUGCACUCUGGAUCCAUUAAGUCUGUCUGCAUCAUUCAGUUAGACCCCUCUAAUAGAAUUUCUAUUAGUGUGACCUGAUCUGGAAGAGGUUUAUUAAGCAAAUUACUAAUGUAGAAAGGCUUAAAUCAAAGUAAUUAUUAAAGACUUGGCAUAUUAAACAAAAGUGUUAUCAUAAUUUUAUCUUAUCUGUUUACUAAAACAGGACUCUACAGAAAUCUAGUCCUUGAAGUUUCAAUUACUGUGUGUUCUCAGAGGUCCUUGAACUAAAAAGCAAUUUUGUUUCUUCUAUUUAAAGACUUUCCCCCCACUUUACAGUCAUUCUCCUGUUAGUCCAGAGUAGUGAGCUUUGACUUUAGGAAUGGUUAGAAAUCUGGUCCUUUUUUCCGUCACUUUCUGUGACCUUGAGCAAGAUGUUUAACUCAAGCCUCAGUUUUUCGUCUUUGAAAUAGGAAUAAAAAUAAUAGUACCUACCCCGUACCUAAUAGAGUAAUAGUUGUGAGUAAUAGUUAAAUAAAAUAACCUACUUAAAGCAAUUAGCACAUUUCUAGGCUCACAGGUGCUCAGAAGAUCAAAGCAACUAUUAUUUUCUUGGUUCUGGGCUGAGGUGCUGUGGGAGCAUCGACAUCAUCUCAACGGGCAGAGGUUGGGCUUCGCUCUCCAUAGCUUGGCCUCCAUCCUCUAAAGGGCUUGGAGUCGGUCCUGAUUCUUGCACUGUCUCAUCCAGACAUUUCCCUCCUCCCACUUGUGGCCUAGAGCAUUGAUCUCUGGAGAAUUCAGGCCACUGCUGGGACCAGGAGAGGCAGCACAGGAGUGUGUGUGAAUGACUGGGAGGAGAGUUCCCAUGGACGCUGGGGAUAUGCGGAGGCCCUGGGGAGAUGUUGUGACCCUGGGUCUCUCCCUGAAGCAGUGAGGGCUCGGGAGAGAAAAGAAAGACAUCAGCUGCUGGACACAUUUCCAGUGCUGAAAAGCCCCUUUAGGACAGACACACGGGCUAGGAGAGGAACAAAGGCAUGGGAUGGAGUGGGACUCUCCACAGUGCAUCCGAUCUUUCUCCAUUUCUUAGCAAGAAGCUAUUUUGGAGCCAGCCAGACGUAGGUUCAGAUCGUGACACUGCCAUUUACUAGCUGUGUACUCGUGGAUAAUUCAUUUAGCCUCUCAGAAGCUCAGUUCCUGGUCUAUGAACAAGCUGCUACUUACUGUGUAGAAUAGUGGAAAGGUCUGAAAUAUAAAUACUUGAAAUAGAAUAGGUGCUAAUGCCGGUCAUUGUCAUCUCUGUAUCCUGAGUGAGCAUCACCCCGCAGGCAGUAUGAAGGGGUCUGGAGAUGUGAGGGAAGUCCCAGUUGUUUCAAACUCCUGGACGAAUCUCUUUGGCCCAGAAAACAUCCUUGGAGGGAUCAAGACCAAGACCAGACAGCCCGUCUCUCACAAUUAAGGCACAAUUAAGGCAGUACAACUUGCGGGAGAACCCAGGAUCUCUACCCAUCCUUGCCUCUAUAUUCCCAUCUCAGUUCUCCAAAUCAAGUCCAUCUCUGAUCCAGCCACUUAUGUCCAGAGGAAUGAAAAGACUGAAUUGAGGUAAGGGCUCCCCUCCAUCUGAUCUUUCAUUACUUUCCAGUGCUUGGAGCUCCAGCCUGGAACUCAGCAGAUGGGGGGUUAAGAUUGAUGCCCUGUCCUAUCUCCUCCCCUCUCCAUUCCUGACUUCAAAGUCUCCAUAAAGCCAGACACUGCUUCCCUGCCCCCAUAGUUGCAGCUCCAUCAUCAGCUCUUGGCCGAUUCAAAACAGCAGACGCUGAGCCCUGGCUGGGCUGCUUGCACUCCACUUUCUAGCCGUCUCCUAGGGACUGGUUUGAAGCCUAGGAGUCCCAGCUGCUAACAUCUGGGGGCAGGAUCAUGUCUGCUAACAAAGGCUGGUGGGCACCACCUGAGGGUGAGGACAGCAUGUCUGAGAAGUUCCUGAGGAAGACCAGGGAGUCUCUGCUGGUGCCUAUAGGCUUAGGAGGCUGCGUGGUGGUGGCAGCAUACAGGAUUUACUGGCUGAAGCCUCGUGGUUCCACCAAGAUGUCCACACACCUGAUUCACACCCGAGUGGCAGCACAGGCCUGUGCUGUGGGUGUGAUCAUGCUGGGUGCUGUGUACACGAUGUACAGAGACUACGUCAAGAGAACCGCGCAGGAUACUGGGGGGAAGUGGGACUCCUACAGGCCUGGGGCAGUCAGACCUCUUCGAUCAACCCCUGGCCGCCUCCCUGGGGACCAGGCAGGAAGAAGGCUGCAGCUGGGAGCAGAGUCAGUGCGGCCUCGUGGGAGACAACACAGAUCCAGAACCCAAGUGCCAGGAUGAGCCUGUGCUGGAGGGAAGGGGGCGGAGCGGUGGGGAUGAAAAGAACGGAGCAAGGCAGAGGUCAGAAUGUUCUGUUCAUUUAUAAACCAUGUCUAAGGUCAAACUGUUAUACAAAAAAAAUAAAAUAAAAUAAAAA